ACUCCUUUCCCUUAUAAAACAUCCCCCAAACAUCACCUCCCUCCUCCGCGUUGACAUAACUCUCUCUCUCUCUCUCUCUUCUCAAUUCAAUUCUGCCGCACCCGAUGCAAGGAGUGCGCAGCUUCCGCCCCCUAUCCGACGUCGGCGUCCGCCUCGAACUCUCCCCGACCACCGCCUCCCCCCUGGCGAUCGACGUCGAGGAAUCAACCGAGACGAGGAUCCAACGCCUCAUAUCCGAGAGCCCCGUCGUCAUAUUCAGCCGACCCUCCUGCUGCAUGUGCCACGUCAUGAAGCGCCUCCUCUCCACCAUCGGGGUCCACCCCACCGUCAUCGAAUUGGACGACCACGAGAUCCCCGCCCUCCCCUCCUCCUCCUCCGCCGACGGCGACUCCUCCUCCGCCGGAGCUCCGGCGGUGUUCAUCGGUGGGUCCCGCGUGGGGGGCCUCGAGAACCUCGUCGCGCUCCACCUCACGGGGCACCUCCGGGCCAAGCUCGUGGAGGCUGGCGCCCUCGAGGGUGGUGGUACGGUGUCGUAAUUUUCAGUGCCGAGCUGGGAUAUUAUUGUAAUUGCGAAAAAAUUUAAGGGGAAAACGUAAAUUGGUUUUCCUACUACUAGUUUCGUAGUAAUUUGUUGUCAAGGGGUAAAAUAGGAAUAGAAUGUUUGUAGACCCUAAGAAGCUUUCAAUGAAUGGCUAUGGUAACUGCAUCUUUGUGGCGCUGUCCGGUCAAAA